CAGAAAUGCGUCACCAGUGUGCAGAAAGAUGCCUUCAGGAAAGGAAAGGAAAGAAAAAAAAGGUUCAGCAAGUGGCAGAGGGACGUAAAAACAUGAAGCAAGCACAAAUGAAGCUCCAAAAAUGCAAACAGCAAAUAGUUCAAGAAGUAUCUAAAAAAAGCCAGGACGCACUACUUCAGGCUUUAAAAGAUGAAGAAGAGAAAUUUAAAAAAAAAAAUGAACUGAUUCAGCAAAUAAGAGCUAUAGAAUAUCUACCGUUCCUGAAAAAUAGAUUUAUUGAUUUAACCAAGACUGCUAACCAUGGUGUACUUGGUGAGAUGUCAUUUGUGGAACUUCAAGAACGUUUAGCUUUGCUGAAAGAAGCUCAGCAAAAAGCAGAAGAAGAGAAGAGGGAUCUGAUAAUCCAUGAAAAACAUGCUAAGGAACAACUUCUUUUGGACAAACUGGAACAAAUCUGUAUGUUCAGAGAACAGUUUGGCAGAGCAGCUGCAUUAAAACAGGAGGAAAAGAAAACUAAGAUUCCACUUCGUGAAGCCAUUUUGAAAGAAGAACAAGUUUUAGAUCUACAGAAAAAAAUUAUGGAAAAGUCUACUGAACGUAAAUUGCAAACUGAAUAUUUAAAAACUACAUAUAUAAAGUUUAAUGAAAAAUCAAAGCGAUCUUGGAAGUCAGAGAAAAAAGAUCAAGGAGAGGAUCGCUGGAAGAAAUUGGAAGAAAGUCGACAACAACAAUUUAAGAUGCUUCAGCAUGGUCUUAUGUCCAGAGAGAAUGCUCAAAAAAUGAUAGCAAAUGAAGCUAUGAGAACUGGAACCACUGCUUGUAUAUUGCGAAGUUAGACAAAACUGUUUCUAGAUACGCUUCUGUUUAUUAGAUAUUUACUACUAAUAUGACUCAAUUUCUGGAGUUACCUCUUGAACUACUUUAUACUUUAAUAUAAACAUUGCUAUUAACUGGCAGCUGUUUUUAGUUCAUAUAUGUUGGAACUAUAAUGCUUUUAACAUUUUUAGCUAUGAUAUUACUAGUUUUCAAAACAAGCAUGUGGUACAUUUUAAAUAAGUCAUGCUAUUUUUCAAGUAAAUAAAAGGGAGGACAAACA